AUGGCCGCCACUUUGGCAUACCUUGUGGCAGCGUUUCUAGGCAAAACUUGGACAGUUCUUAACACGCGUCGCGUCAACACGAUAUUGUGCUUUGCUAUCAGCUGUUGGUUCUGGGUCUUGUUCUGGUCCAUUUUUCUGCAUUGCGCCACCCGGAUGAAUGGCUGGGUCCCUGGUUUUCGGGCCCUUCGGCCAGGCUACCUGCCUGAAGGAUGUGACACUGCCAAGCUGGUUCAAGAUAUUCUGCAGAUGGGUGACUUUGCAGAGGAUACCGUGCACUGGGAUGCAGCAGCCCAGCGCUGCGACUGCCACCUUCCUGAUCGUGAUGCUGAAGGGGGCCGCUGCAAGUCCAACGAAAGCGAGCAAUUUCCACGCUUUACGGUUGUAAGCGCUCUGAUCGACGCCGGGCGGCGUGACCGCUCCGGCUGCGAUUACUUGCGUAUGUUCGGCCCGCAUCUUCACCGGCAGUACGAUCUUGUAUUCUAUGGAGAGGCUUGGGCUUUGGAGGUGUUGUUUGCGGUGCGGACCGCGCUGGGCCUGCAACAUAGAACCCAUUUGCGACUCUUGGAGGUAGCAAAGGAUUCCGAGGAGUCUGCAGCCUCAAAGUGGGGCAAGCCAGCAAACUUGGCUUUCCACCACUUGCUUGAGGAGAUGCAGGUCAUUGCCGACAGGAAGUAUUGCAGGUAUCUUCUCAACAGGUUUCACGCAGGCGUUGGCGGAAAGUUGAUAGCAAAUUAUGCCUGGGUCACGAAUGAGAAGGCAAAUUUCAUGGCGCAAGCAUUACAAGAGAACUACUUCCGAAAUUCGUCCAGCAACUUCAACUUAGGCAACAGCUAUUUCGUAUGGCUGGAUGUUGGGGCUGGCCACGGUGCUCUCAAGGUGCCCGAGCACUUCUGUGCCUGCAACCUUGCGGUGCCCGGCACGGUGACGUUGUUCCACCAGCUCCACAGCAAGGAGGAGCUGUUUCUGGGCUCAGAUGAAGCCGCGCGGCGUGUACCUCAACCGCUACCUCUUGGUCAGCUGACAUUCAGCAAAUAUUUGUCAACGUAUGACUUUACGCAUCAUUUUGAUGAGGUCAUGGGCACAUUCUGGGGUGGCGACCCUGCGGCCCUUGAGAAGUUCUGGCAAGACUACUCUGGUACCGUCCACCGACUUGUUGCAAAUAAUGCCAUUGACCACGACCAGGCGGUGCUUUGUCUUGUCGCGUCUGGGCAGUGGGAGUGGUUGCGGUACAUCCCAAGCAACUUCUAUGGAGUCCUGCACCUCUGUUGA